AUGCGUGUCUCUUCUGCUGCUGUCGUCGCCUCCCUGGCUGCCGGUGCCAUUGCGACCGAGUACAAGACCGUCGUUGUGACUGAGUAUGCCACUUACUGCCCUCAGGCCACUUCUCUGGCUGCUGGUCCCGGUACUGCCAGCCAGGGUAACCCCUCUGCUGCUCAGCCUUCCACCGUCACCAUCUCCGGUACUGCCUACACCUACAGCACUCCCCUGGUCACCUCCACCGUGACCCACUGCGACAAGUGCUCUGCCACCGCUGCUCCUGCCACUGAGACCGGUGUUGCUGUUGUCACUGGCACUGGUGCCACUCCCAGCACGGGCUCCGGCUCCGGCUCCGGCUCUGGCUCCGGCUCCGGCUCCGAAGCCUCCCCUAGCGGUGCCGAUGCCGUUGGCACUGGCCCUACCCCCAGCGCCAGCUCCGGCUCCGGCUCUACCCCCGGUUCCACUGGCUCUGGCAACGCUGGUUCCACCCCCAGCUCCGGCUCUGAGACCUCCCCCAGCGGUGCUUCUUCCGGCAACACUGGUUCCACCCCCAGCUCCGGCUCUGAGUCUUCUCCCAGCGGUGCUUCUUCCGGCAACACUGGUUCCACCCCCAGCUCCGGCGCUGAGUCUUCUCCCAGCGGUGCUUCUGCCGUCGGCGGUGGAUCCCCCAACGAAGGUUCCAGCUCCUCCGGCAGCUCCUCCGGAUCCUCCGGAUCCCCCGGUGCUGGCGCUUCCUCUCCCAGCGGAGCCACGGGAGCCCACCCCCAGGGAGUGAAGCCCACCCCCGGACCCAGCGGAAUCUUCUCGACCCGCCCCGUGAUCCCCUCCGGCCGUCCUUCCUCCUCCAAGCCCAUCCCCUCCGCCUCCGCCAGCCCCGUCGCCAGCGCUAGCUCCAGCUCCAGCUCUUCUUCUUCCACCAGCACCGGCUCCUCCCCCGAGGGUGUCUCCGCCCAGGGCACCGGCUCCAGCUCCGGCUCGGCCACCAGCCCCUCCGCCCCCGUCUUCACUGGCGGUGCUUCCCGUGCUGCCGUCGGCGCUGGUGCCGGCCUCGCCACUGUCUUCGCUCUCGUCGCCUACCUGUUGUAA